AUGAUUGUACACACUACAACGGUCGACUUCACGUGCGAUCUUUGCGGUCGUGGCUUUAAACGACAUACGGAUUUGAAGAGGCAUGAACGGAUUCACGCAGGUACGGUUUCCAGAACCUGUGUUAUGUUCCCAUUAAGUUUUUUUUUUGGGUAA